UCACAACGCACCUGUCUCCAUAGCGACGGCCGCGGCCAUAACAAGCAGAGAGGCACCAACACUACUAGCCCGACCGAACCGCAGCUUCGAUUGGUGAGAGAGAACCCGGAAGCUACGGCUCUUACUUCCGGUCGCGGGGCAGCGUGGGACACGAGGGCGGGGACAACCUCACUUAAGGGAAGAGUAGCCCCACCCAUCUGUGCGGCCCGGGCGGGCUGCGCGCGCAGAUAUCGAGCGGGGCGUGCCCGGAGAACUUCUGGGCUUUCAGAGUCCCGCUGCCUACCCUGACGUAAUACACCACCCUGACGUCACCUUUCCCUGUGUGACGUGACGCAGAGCAUGAUCCUUGGGCCUCUUUGCCCCUCCUGACUAAGGAGUUCGAGCAGAAUGGCCUCGCCCCUUAGGAGCAAGUCCUCCGCCCCACGAGUGGAAAGCACCCGCCACAAGGAGACAUCGACUGUCCGCGUGGAGACGUCGUCCCACCGCGAGGAAACGUCAUCCCACCGCGUGGAGACGUCCUCCCGGCAGGUUCGAACGUCUUCCCGGCAGGUGGAGACCUCCCAGCGCCACCGAGAGGGGCCCUCUCUUACCCCCUCCACGAAGCGACUCCCUCAAUUCUUCGAGGUGUCCUCCCAGCACGUGGAAACAACCUCCUCGCAGUGCACGGAAACGUCCUCCCGCCACGUCAGGGCGUCGUCAUCCCUGCGGGUGGAGACUACUGUGCACCGAGUAGAGAGCCCAGCCAGGCGAGACAAGCAAGCCGCUCGGCAGAGUGCCAGAAUGGCUCGAUGACGUGCCACGGUCCUUAGCCAGGACUGAAGAGUUGCCAGCCAGCCAGCUUCCAGGAGAGCUGAACAUCUUUGGUUUCAUGGAAACAGCCCAUAAAUCAGUGUAAGAAAUAGGCUGUGGAUUCUGGGAGCUGUUAACAUGUAUUGACAUUGCAGCACCUUAGACCACCCUGCUAUUGACCCCAGUGCACUAUUAACUAGAAGCCAGCACAGAAGGGUUUCAGAUUUGUGGUGCUGUAUAAACCCAGCUGAUGGACAAAGAGAUUCUUUGAGUCUCUACACCAGUAGUAUUUGGAAGACUGGAAUGUGACUCUGGAAAAGCCAGGCACCUGCUUCUGGAUCAUUGAUUCUUCAGGAAAUGCACAGGCAGGAUCCUGGUAGAUUCCCUGUUGUCCUUGUCUCAUAAAAGAGAUUUUUAUCUAGGUUUCUUUCUCCAUAUUUCACUUUUUCAUGUUUCAAAGCUGGAAUGCAGAAAGAGAGAGAGAAAAUUUGAUGAAACACACAUUUGCCAUGUCUAUAUUAUCCAUUCCACGGCUUCAAAAUGACAGUGUGUAUCAAUGAAGGUAAUUGUUAAUGUACCUGUUGCACUUUGUAAAUGUGUGUUACUGUUAUCCAUGCUGUGUGUCCUCCUCACUGUUCUCUGUAGGAAAUAGAGCUGCUGUACCUGGCAUGCAUUACACAAUGUUUAAAGACAGCAUGUGCAACCAUAAUGAGUGAAGAGCAGUAUUCUCCAUUUGCAGUCGAGAGAUGGCACAGUCUAGUAAUUGGAUUUAUUAUGCUGGGUAAUAGUUGUGUCUCGUCUUCAGCUGUACCGGCCAGGUUAGUUUGAAAAACUAAAUAAAUGCAAAUUCUUGUAAAGAA